AUGUCUAUCGAAAACCUCAAGUCGUUCGACCCCUUUGCUGACACCGGCGACGACGAAGCCUCCUCCUCCAACUACAUCCACAUCCGUAUCCAGCAGAGAAACGGCAGAAAAACCUUGACCACCGUCCAGGGCAUCCCCGAGGAGUACGACCUCAAGCGCAUCUUGAAGGUAUUGCGGAAGGACUUUGGCUGCAACGGCAACAUGGUCAAGGACGACGAGAUGGGCGAGAUCAUCCAGUUGCAGGGCGACCAGAGAGCCAAGGUCUGCGAGUUCCUGAUCACCCAGCUGGCCAUCCCAAAGAAGAACAUCAAGAUUCACGGUUUCUAG